AUGACCCGUCACGCGGCCACCCUCCUCCUCGCUGCCGCCCUCGCCCUCGCCCACGGCGGUCACGAGCAUGGCGAAGAGGACACCAGCAUCCCUUACCUCCAGCGUCAUAUGAUCAAUGAGCACCACAUUGACACAUUUGACCUGCCGUCCUUCUUCCACCUGCAUGACCUCGACAUGGACGGCUUCUGGGACAAGGACGAGAUCGCCGCCGUGUACGGUCUGCGACACCACAGCGUGAUCAAGGGCAAGAACGAGCGUCCCAUGCCCGAGGCCAUUGAGAACCUGGUCGUGUUCGACGUGCUCCGCAAGCUUGACACGGACAAGGACGGCAAGAUCUCGCUCGAGGAGUUCCUCGCCGGCGGUGUCGAAGGCCUGCCCGCGUUCGACAACAUUGGCAACAUGGGCCACCACUACGACGAGGAGUCCGAGUACUUCCUGCACCACGAGGAGAUGUACCACUCGACUCCCGAGACCCAGACCGACGAGUCGUACAACCACCCAGAAGACAUCGAGCACUUCAAGCACCACGAGCACAUUGAGAACGAGGAGGACGCGCGCCAGCGCAUCUUCGAGGGCCUGCCGCCCAACGCCAACCUCGAGAAGGACUACGAGGCGCCCGAGGACCCGCUGGAGCACCACGAGCACGCGGCCGGAGAUGGUCCCGAGGCCAUUGCCAACCUCACCGGUGGCACAACCGACGAGGCUGAGGUCGUGGACAUUACGGCCGACGAGGUCGUGGUGGACAUUGCGGCCGCCGACGAGGAGGUGCUCGAGAUCACAGAGGACGGCAGCGCCGUCGUCCCCGAGCGCGUGGGCCGCGGCGGCAGGACCAACCCCAGCCGCAUCCAGGAGGAGAUUUCCGCCGAGAUGAAGCAGAGGCACAGGCACACCAAGGAGGAGCGUGCUCGUGCAGACAUGCCUUACAAGUACAAGUAUGGCCCCGCAUCCGAAUGGCACUCACCCAGCAGGAUGCGCAAGGGCCUGCGUGCCGAAGAGUUCUAG